AUGGAGGGUCCUUUGAGUAAAUGGACCAACGUUGUUCAAGGAUGGCAGUUUCGAUGGUUUGUUCUGGACUUGGCCAUGGGAGUUCUCUCCUACUAUACAUCGCGAGAUAAGAUGAUCCGUGGGGAAAGACGUGGUUGUGUCAAAUUGAAAAAUGCCCAAAUGGGCAUAAACGACGAAGACGAUAGUACCUUUACAAUCACCGUGGACUCCAAAGUAUUUCAUUUUCAAGCUCGAAACGCUGAAGAGCGGCAAAGGUGGUUGGACGCCCUUCAGGAAGCGCGCGAUCUUCACACGGAAAACUAUGCACUCCUUCAGCACACCAGUCGCUUAUUGGAUUCAGCCGUCACCGUCUCCGAGUUUGAUAGACGGAUAAUUGAGGCGGAUGCUUAUCUCCAGAUCCUCAUAGAUCAACACCAGGCAAUCGACCAGCAACUGAGUCACUACGAGCAAUUGUCCAGCCAUUCUUGUGAAUCCAUUAAAAGGCGGCUGCAGCAUCUCAUUGAAUUGGUUAAGAAAACCAUCGUAUGUCUUCAGUUUGCCAAGGUGCGUUGCAGUCCCUUCAUUCGCUACUUUUUUGCAUUUUCACGAAAAAUCUAG